AGACAUCUUCAAACUAACUUAUGCUGCGUUUCAACCGGCGAUCCAGCAUAAGCGCAGUCGGGAUCCGGCCGGAGCACAAGUCUUGACUUCAUCCGCAUCGAUUCUUUUUCGGAAUGGGCUGCUUGUCGUUGAUCAGGUCUCUGUUCAAUGACGAGAUUGACGCAAUGCUUGAGAAAAUUCUGCAGAUGUUACCAUCCUCUUUCUCCGUGGAAGAAUCCCACUUGUACUCGGCAGAGAAGAUGCUGAUGAGGCAGUUUGUACUCAUGAAGCAGUGGGAUCAAGUUCCCAGGAAUGUCUGCGUGGAUCACAUGAAGCAGUGGAUCCUGGCUAAAAGAAGCUUCCGGCAAGAGUUCCAGGAAAUGAAAUCAAGGCCAGAUGCCAGGAUGGUCAAUCUCCUGGAAGUGGCCUGGAUCAGAGCAAGGUUCCAGUGCCUGAACCUGAUGGAGAAGGAAGUCUGGGAGGAACUUGAUGAGGAGGCACGACUUUCACAGCUGCUAGGGAGGAGGGUCACGCUAGAAGGUCUCCAGAUGUUCCUCUCAGCCUCAUGCCCCACAGCAGAGGAAGAUGUGUCUAAGUUCCUGCAGUACCUCUUCAACGAGCUGCUCAACAUCAGCAGGAGCAAGAUGUUAAUGCUGUUCUCCGAGUUCCAGCGCUCCACCGUCCACUUGGUGAGAGAGGUGGUAGAACAUGCGGCCAGCGUUUUCCUGGAGGAGCAGGAUCCACCCGAUGACGGGCACACGGGCCUGGAUUCCACUCCGGCGUCUUUGACAAAAAGGGUUGAGGUCGCCAGCGUGGAGAUCAGCACGAUGCUGGCACGCGCUCUGGCGUCUUGCUCCUGCAUCAGUCAGCAGAUCGCCGGAGAUCGGCUCACGGCCGUCUGCACGUCGGUGGGCGGGAAAAUGGCCACAAGCAUUCUGACGGGCUUUGCAGAACGCUCUGCUAGCUUCCACCUGCUGGACUACGACCAGAGCUUUUUUACGGCGCGAGACUGCAUCUUAAAUGCCGUCGAGGACUUGUGCUCCAUCGCCACCUCCAAAUAGAGAUCGGUUCUCCGGUUCUGCUGGUCUGCUUCUAGGAGCAACAGGCCAGCAGUCUGCUCACCUCAAACGUUCCUCGUGAUGGACCUUUUCAGUCUUUGUCUUAUUUUACAAUGUAUAUGUUUACAUAUGUUGAAUAAAAUCGAUUCAAAACUCAUUUUU